AUGCGAAUUGUUUUAAUUCUGGAGUGCGGCUGUCCGGUGCGACUCGCAUUUAAACGUCGAGUCGUUAUAUUGCGAAUGAAGUUCAUUCAAUGA